AUGGCCGCCAACGGAACCCCGCUCUCGGCCUCGGAGGCCGUCGCCCACCUCCAGACCUACAAGACCGGCGAUGGUCUGUCGAUGGCCGAGCUGAUCGACUCGCGCCAGCACGGUGGUCUCACCUACAACGACUUCCUCGUCCUGCCCGGCUUCAUCAACUUCCCUGCCUCGGACGUCAGCCUGCAGACCAAGGUGACGCGCAACGUCACCCUCAACACGCCCUUCCUCUCGAGCCCCAUGGACACCGUCACCGAGACCGAGAUGGCCAUCGCCAUCGGCCUCAUGGGCGGCAUGGGCGUCAUCCACAACAACAUGUCGCCCGCCGAGCAGGCCGCCAUGGUCCGCAAGGUCAAGAAGUACGAGAACGGCUUCAUCACCGAGCCCCUCUGCCUCAGCCCCAACGAGACCGUCGGCGACGUCCUCGAGAUCAAAGAGCGCCUCGGCUUCGGCGGCAUCCCCAUCACUGACACCGGCGCCCUUCACGGCAAGCUCGUCGGCAUCGUCACCGCUCGUGAUGUCCAGUUCCGCGAUGCCGGCAUCCCGCUCAAGGACGUCAUGACGACCGACCUCGUCACCGCCAAGCAGGGCAUCACGCUCGAGGAGGCCAACACCAUCCUGCGCGACAGCAAGAAGGGCAAGCUGCCCAUUGUCGACAGCGAGGGCCACCUCGUCGCCCUGCUCGCCCGCUCCGACCUGCUCAAGAACCAGAACUACCCGCUCGCCUCGAAGCGCCCCGUCUCCAAGCAGCUCUACUGCGCCGCCGCCGUCGGCACCCGCCCUUCGGACCGCGAGCGCCUGGCGCUUCUCGUUGAGGCCGGCCUCGACGUCGUCAUCCUCGACUCGUCGCAGGGAAAUUCGGUGUAUCAGAUCGAGAUGAUCCAGUGGAUCAAGCAGACCUUCCCGCAGAUUGACGUCGUCGCCGGCAACGUCGUCACGCGCGAGCAGGCCGCCAACCUGAUCGCCGCCGGCGCCGACGCGCUCCGCGUUGGCAUGGGCAGCGGCUCCAUCUGCAUCACGCAGGAGGUCAUGGCCGUCGGCCGUCCCCAGGGCACGGCGGUCCACGCCGUCGCCGAGUUUGCGUCCAAGUUUGGCGUGCCCGUCAUCGCCGACGGAGGCAUCUCGAACGUCGGCCACAUUGCCAAGGCGCUCUCGCUCGGUGCCAGCGCCGUCAUGAUGGGCGGCCUGCUCGCCGGCACCACCGAGUCGCCCGGCGACUACUUCUACCGCGACGGCAAGCGCCUCAAGGGCUACCGCGGCAUGGGCUCGAUCGAGGCCAUGGAGCACCAGAAGAAGCCCAAGAUCGCCGGCGCCACGGGCAAGGGCGCCGCCAAGGCCGACAAGGUGGCCGCCGACCUCAACGAGAACGCCGCUACGCAGCGCUACUUUAGCGAGAGCGACGCCGUCAAGGUCGCCCAGGGCGUCGCGGGCGCCGUGCAGGACAAGGGCAGCGUCAAGAAGUUCCUGCCCUACCUGUACACGGGCAUCCAGCACUCGCUGCAGGACAUGGGUGUGCCCAGCCUGCGCGAGCUGCGCGGCGCCGUCGCCAACGGCCAGGUGCGCUUUGAGCUGCGCACCGCCAGCGCCCAGGUCGAGGGCGGCGUCCACGGCCUGCACAGCUACGAGAAGCGCCUCUUCUCGUCGUAG